GGAUCUGAGAAACUCUUGCUUAUAACCUUUGUCAUCAGCAAAAUCAGUCUCUUUGAUAUAGCAUGUUGCAACUCGAGGUGAUGGAUCCAACGGAACUCUAUAACGCUGCAGCUAAAGGUGACAUGGCAGUCUUUCAACCGAAAAUAAGUACUAACGACUCCAGCCUAGAGGAGCCUUGGGAUAUCCUCAAACCGAUAACAGAUGAGAUCGACUCCAUUCUUCAUGUUGCAACAAAAUUCCAACAAGAGAAAUUUGCUGAAAUGCUCAUUGACAUGAACGAAUCACUGGUUGAUCUAAAAAAUAAGGAGGAGGAUACUCCGCUACAUAUUGCAGCAAGGGUUGGGUGUUCAGGCAUCACGAAACUCCUAAUAGAUCAUUCAACAUCUAGUAUUCUCGAGAUGGUGAACAUGUACAAGGAUACAGCAUUGCAUGAUGCUGUGAGAUAUGGUCACCAGUCGGUUGUGGAGUUACUGCUUAGCCAAAAACCAGGGCUGGCUAUGAUGAUGAAUGAAGCUGGAGAAUCCCCACUUUAUCUGGCUGUAGACAGAAAAAAUUACGAUAUUGCUGACUACAUCCUGCAAAAUGCUCCGGAAUUCCCCUAUGGAGGAAGGGACGGCAUGAAUGUGUUGCAUGUAGCCACCAUUCGCAUGGCGACAAAUGACGGUCAUCCCGAAAUUGGAGGCUAGAGGCUUUCUACCAAGUUUGCGAGGAGUAGUGGCUGGAAGAAGUAUGGAAGUGCAGACCAUUGGGACUGGAGAACCACGAACCCAGAGUAAUGAAAUAGCAAAACAUGAAGGAAACGGUUUCUC